AAGGACUUUUAUUUAUGAUCAAUGUUUUGGAGAUAUCUUUUUAAACUACUGCAUACUGAAAUGCAUUCUAAAAUCAAUAAAUUGUAAAUAAUGUUUGAAUACUGUUUGCACAGACAUACCUGUAUAACAAUUAUUACUGAUAACAGCAGAAGGAGCUAGAUGUAAGAUUAAUAAACAUUUAUUCGGAUUUUGGAACAGCAACUAAAAUGCUUGAAAUUAGUGAAGUUCUCAUCAGCCUAAUUGGCUUAAUAACAGUGUCAGUAGUGUUAGCCUCUUGUGUGAAAUUUCGCUUCCGAAGACCAACACGACAUUCAUAUAUAGAUGUGAAAAGGCAGAACAGACAAAGAAAAUAUGAAUUAAGACUGAUGAAAGAUGUUAAACAGAACAGAGGUACACAAACAGACCCAAGAAAGACAUCAUCAGUCACUGUUCAAACGAAAAUAUGUACAUUCACAGAAAGGAUAACAAACUUUGGUACAGAACAAAUAAACUCCAGUGAAAUAUUUGACAACUGUUGUGAGAUCUGUGUGCCAAAUGCUGAGAAAGAAGCUGUGGGAUUUUGUAAAUCAUGUGAAAAAUUCAUGUGUUUGAACUGUUGUAAACAUCAUGAAAAAAUUCCUUUAUCUGACAGCCAUACAUUAUUAGGUAAAGAAAACUAUCAAAAAGUGAAAGAAAAGAACCCAAAGAUUUCAAAUCAGCUUGUUCCAGUCCAGAGAUAUUCUUUUGAAGAAUGUCAGAGUACAGAGUGUAACUGCAGGAAAGACCAUUCCAUAGAAAUAUUUGGCUUAGGAAAUAUCCCGGUUUCAGGAGAAAUAUGCUGUAUUCUUAAAACUAAUAGUAAUGGCUGGAAGCUAUCUUACAAAUACCAAGACGACAACACUGGAGCUAUGCAGGACUCAGAAAUUUUACGGCAAAACUCUAGGGCAAAUGAUUUUUGUACACUAGAACACUAUGUGAAUAGAAGUUUAAAAGAUAUAAACAAAAAUGCUAUCUACUUCACAAUGCCACAAGCAACGACAGUUUGGAAAUAUAAAUGUGAUAGGGAAAUACUAAAGAAUGUGCCAGUCAAUUCUUACGCACGCUAUUCCAAUACAAACAAAAGCAGUACAACUGAAGCAUUCUACAAAAAUGGUCAGUGUUUUGGAAUAGCUGCCUUUGAUAAAGGCCUUGCAAUCUCUCUCUUCAUACAAACCAGUUACGCUCUCCCAGACUGGCAAGUACAGUAUGUCACCUUUACAGGAGCAGUGAAAAAGCAAAUCUACUACGACAAUAAAGAUCAGCCAUUGUUCAAGGAACCAAAGCAUCUCACAUCAAAUGACGCACAAAAUGUUCUGUAUGUCUCUGAUCAAGGCGCCAACUCAAUCAUUGCCUUAGACCCAAAAGGAACCGUGCUGUUUAAAUUUAUCCACGAAACAAUAAAAUGUCCACAAGGACUUACACGUGAUGAUGAAGGAAAUAUCUAUGUUGCCUGUGACAACAAGGUUAUACAAAUAAACCAACAUGGAACUAAGUCCAGGAUCAUUCUGAGCUCUGAUGAAGCAGAACCAAAAAUGCUGAUUGACGUCUGCUUCAACAAAGUUUCACAGAAAUUUGCAGUUGUGAACAAGUCUGCAGAAGUGACUGUUUUUAAGUUCCUUCCUUAAACAAAGAUAUCUCUUUUUUUCUAAAUUAAAUCAUUGCCUUCUAAUUUUAUUCACAUAUAUCAUGUUUCUGUUUGCUUGUUCAACAGUUAUUUUGUGUAAUGCAACGAAAACUUAAUUCGGAAAUUUACUCAGAUAAAUGUAAAUUGUACAUAUACUUACCGACAUCUUGCAUCAUCAAAAAUAUUUUUCAGUUUUGUCUCUGUCUCUCCAUAAAACCUGAAAUGUAUGUAAUCAUAACACUGUCUUUGUAUCAAGUUACCUCAAUAAAACUGAUGAAAAUAGAA